GAUAGUUACUGCUAAAGCGAAAGCCUCUGGCAGCCAAAUACCAAAAAAUAAAACAGCCUGAAAUUUUGGAUUGGCGACAGAAGUUGCUGCCAUAAUAAUCUUUUAAAAACCUGGCACCCGGUAAAAAGUUUUUUGGUUUUUUUUCCUUACGAAAUUGAUAAUUUUACGGUUUUUAGCAGGUCUGGCUGGUUUAAACCGAAGAGGGAAGUCGGUUAGAGGGAGUGCUCUCGCUUCGCGUCAGUCUUUUCCGAUUUUCCGUGUUUUGAGGCUGCAGGUAUGGUCGUACUGAGAGGAAUCCCCUCGGUUAUAUCACCCGAGCUUCUGUACGCCCUCGCUAAAAUGGGCCACGGGGAUGAACUGGUGCUUGCUGAUGCAAACUUCCCAGCGUCUUCCAUUUGUACAUGUGGCCCAAAAGAGAUAAGGGCUGAUGGUUUGGGAAUUCCACAGCUUUUGGAGGCUGUUUUGAAGCUUUUUCCCGUGGACACCUAUGUCCCCAAUCCGGCUGCAGUCAUGGAUCUGGUAGACAGUGACAAACAGAGAUGUUUAGCUGUCCCUGUGUGGGAGACCUACACAGAGCUCCUGAGCCAGGCAGGCUCUCAGGCUCCUCUUGAAAAGGUGGAAAGGUUUGCUUUCUAUGAACGAGCCAAGAAGGCCUACGCUGUUGUGGCAACAGGGGAAACAGCUCUGUAUGGUAACCUGAUACUGAAGAAGGGGGUCAUUCCUGCUGAGCAGCUACAGUGAUACACACACACAUUUGAUGAUUUCAGUUAUUAAUUUCUGUUGUUCAGCGAUACGAGGCACUAAUUUAAUUCAUUACAGGUGAAUAUUCUUGUGAAUUUAACUGAGUUGUUUUUUUUUUGUUUUUUUACUGUAAAUUCAAUCUGACUGAUCUACCCUUGACAUGGAGCAGAAAGGAGUUUGUAUUUUUGUAAAUGAUUUCUUCACUAUAAGCUCUUUUCAAUAAAUAAAUUAAACACG